CAUUUAAAACAAGCAUAUUGUAUGAUCUAUAAAUACUAAGUUUCACUUUCAAGCAGUAUCGAUUACGAUUCAUUCUUUAUUGAUCAACUGUAUUGACGCUUGAUACAACCAUCUGGCACUUGAAAUUUUUAUAAGUCAAUCAAGAUCAGUUAGUCGUAGCUGGCGGAGUCGUGCGAUCACAACUGUUUCUAGUGAUGAUGGCAUACUUUCUCGCUAUUCUGUUUCUAAUGCUGGCACACAACGAGAACAUCUUGGCCCACAAAUCAUGUGUAGUCAAAUUCGAUUCUUCCACAUACGGAGUAGGUGUUCGUAACGAGACAUUCUCUAGUGUAAGUUACUGUGUAUAUUUAGGAGUCCGCUACGCAGUACCUCCCAAGGGAUCAUUCCGUUUUAAGAAUCCAAUUUUACACGAUCCUGUGGGGAUACAGAACUACACUGUUGCAGGGAAUAACUGUCCACAGAGAAAAGAUAUUAACAAGGCAGAUAAUAUCGUGGGAGAUGAGGAUUGCCUGUUUAUGAAUAUCUACACACCUUCUGUUAUUAUCAAUGGUAGCUUUGUUAACACGAAAUACCCAGUUUUGGUGUAUAUACAUGGAGGAACUUUUAUGGCUGGUUCGGCUGUAACAGAUAUUGAAAACGGACCAGAUCUUCUUAUUGACAAUGGAGUUUUGGUUGUUAGCAUUAAUUACCGAUUGUACACGUUGGGAUUUCUCAGGCAUACGGAGUAUAAUGUACCAGGAAAUUUCGGAUUAAAGGAUCAACGCACCGCUCUACAAUGGAUUCAAAAGUAUAUCAAACUGUUUGGCGGAGACCCUCAGCGAGUGACUCUUUCAGGUCAAAGCGCAGGUGCCGGGUCGGUUACGUUUCAUAUGUACGCUAAUAGUUCUGCGGGAUUAUUUCAACAGGCGAUUGUAUUAGGAGGAUCUAUGCUUGCUCCUUGGGCACUAAACUAUCAUCCAAACCCCCUUGCAAAUGAGGUGUCCGCGAGAUUUAAUGCUACAUCCAUUGAAGGUUUGCAACAUAUAGAUGCCCGUCAGUUUAUUUUUGAGGACGGUUUUGAUACUUUUGGUUUCUUUACUAUGUUUUAUCCUGGUUUUAUUCCUACAGUAGAAGAUAAAGAUGAUACGGAAUCGUUUUUAACGCUCACACCGUUUGAAUUGGUUCUAAAUAAACCAGUGAACCAAGUACCUGUUGUGAUAGAACACACUGCCACGGAGUUUGAACUUCUACUCUAUUACGCUAAUUUUUUCUUCAUGGGAAACAACUUUCCCAAUAAUAAAAAUAAAACGCUGCUGAAACACAUUAGAAAGUCACUAGUUCAUCAGGUUAAACUUUUACAGGAUGCAAAUUUCAUCCGUCGCUUAGCCAAUACAGCCAACUUGUAUUAUCCUAUUAAAAGAUUACUGCGACAUUUGACAGAAAAUAUGGAUUCGGUUCCUGUUUAUUAUCUUCGUUUCGAAUUUGAUGGUCGUUUCGGUUAUGCUAAAAAUGAGUACUACAAAACGAAAACAAAUGGAAGUCGCUACGGAGCGGUUCAUGGCGACGAGCUGGGGUACAUUUUUUCCCCUUAUAACUUACAGGAUGCGCUGGUGAAGCGAAACGAGUACCGGUUGGAAUGGAAGGUUCAUGAGCGUACCGUAGAAUUGAUAGCGAACUUCAUCAAGUACGGGAAUCCUACUCCUAAAAAAAGCAAAAUAUCGAAUAUUGUAUGGCCAGCGUAUAACGGUAAUUCAACUUAUCAACAGUAUUUAAAUAUUGACGAAGUGUUUGAAAUAAGAAUGGACAAUGACGAGACGGAUGACUAUUUUGUGUUCUGGGAAUCAAUAUAUGAGUGUUUAUAUUAUUUUAACUGUGAAAGCAUCGAAGAAGAAAGUGGAGAUGAAUAGAUGUAAAAUUGCGGUGAAUUAACUUUUGUGGCUAAAGGCGAAAGCAAGAACAUACAUAGUUAGAGACAUAUUUUUCAUUUUUUAAGAUACUUUACAUUAGUAUG